AUGGACGCAGCCGAGGGUAUAACUUGGAAGCCACCGGUAUACGCCUUCAAAAGAAAGAGCGAUGAGCAUAAAGGUCUAGGGUCAUCAUUGUUUCAUUCUACUAAGCCCAACAGCAAUAUACCCAAAGUCAAAAACGCAUCUAAAACGAUGAAUGGUAUACGACGUGGCGAAGCACUAGCGUCUACAAAUCAACACACUGUCUCUCCAUACCGUCCGGGGUCUCCAGAAAGAGCCACUGCAAAAUUUAUGAAACCACACGGAACCCACCUUUUUUCGGAGGGUGGUAACCAUGUAGAUAUCCCUACUGCUAUUUACAUUGAUAGCUUUUCAGAAGUUCCAGUAGAUCCACCAGCAAAACCUGUAGAUACUGCAAAGAAAGCUGUACCUCUUUAUUUACAACGUGUCGCAUCACCCCAGAUAUACACUGGUGAGAAGUUCUCACCUCGCCUGCAGGGCUCUCCACAACCCUAUCCAAAACUGGAGGGAGCCCCCACUAAAUGCAUCAAGACACGGCACGAUAAGCAUGAUAAUCUCAUAUUUUCAUCACCAACUCAGGAUGAAUUGCGAGAGCAUGACAUCGAGAUGCAUGCCGUAGAAGCAAUCGAAAGUGCGUUGCACAUAAUUUCUCUAUCCAAUCAGCCUCUGCACCAUAGUCUUCAAAAUGAAAGUUCUAACUUUCUAGAACAUCAGCGACCAGAGUGGCUCCCUUCCAAGUCUAACUCCUUUACAAACAAUGCCUCACCUGUGUCAGAUGUCGGAAUUUCAUCAAGUGAUACCUUGAGCUAUCCCUUUAUGGAAUCUUUUGAAGAAGUAGUAGACCAGCCGUCGAUCAACCCCAUUGAAACGGUGAAUAAAACUAUGCAAACACAUCCUCCUCAAGAUCUGACCAAACCGCGCUACGCUCUUCUUACUACUUCAUCGCAGAUGCAACAUACUCAUAGUCACAUAUCUUACGCAACUCCACAACCACCUUUAGCCUCAGGUGAAUUCACUGACGCAGAAACAAACACUUUUAAAGGGGUAGCUAUUAAUUCACCGACGCUAGGUUCAAUAGAACACAAUCCUUGUAGUAUUUUCUCUACUAGAAGCACGCAGACAGAAGUAGACAAGCGAAAACAAGACGAUCAAUUCACUACAGAGCACACUAUUGAGUCAAAGGAUUGGUCCAACAGUAAUUUCUCAUCCAAGCAUCCCGUAUCAGCUGAAUCUACAAAGAAUAGUGCUAGUAGUCACACUGAUGUACCAGUAGUUGAUGAGAAUGCUGAGCCAGAGGAAAAGAUGUCAUCUUUCUGGGAGGAUUUACCUGGGCUGACCACAUACACAAUUGACUCUCCGUUACAACAAAGCGCCCACACAUUCAGCUUGUCAGCGGAUGAAGACCGUAAUGGUAUAGGUACUAACUUAAAUAAACCGUCCUACUGUGCUAUUGAUUCAUCAUCAACGCUCACAGCAAAAAAAGAUUUGACAGAUCGGCCAUACAAGAUAGAGCAACAAAAACCCGCCGCACAUAUCAGGGCAGCCAGUGAGGGAAUAAGCUUGCCUCCUCCAUGCUCUAUUUUGGGUAAGAUCAAGCCCUGUGAUAAUGAGGAGAAAAGCUGUGAUCCAUCCGAUAGCAUAUCUGAAAAUUCGAAGGAAGUAUUUUGCAAUGAUGUAGCUCUAUCUAACGGUAUCGAGUCUGAAGUUUGUCACUCCAGUUGGGAAGAAAAUUCAGAAGAAAAUCCGUACCUCGCCGUGGGAGAGGCGUACCGGGACGAGGAGCACCACCGGGACCCGCUACCCGACCGGCCCCGGGAGCGCCUGUACCUCGCCGUGGGAGAGGCGUACCGGGACGAGGAGCACCACCGGGACCCGCUACCCGACCGGCCCCGGGAGCGCCCGUACCUCGCCGUGGGAGAGGCGUACCGGGACGAGGAGCACCACCGGGACCCGCUACCCGACCGGCCCCGGGAGCGCCCGUACCUCGCCGUGGGAGAGGCGUACCGGGACGAGGAGCACCACCGGGACCCGCUACCCGACCGGCCCCGGGAGCGCCCGUACCUCGCCGUGGGAGAGGCGUACCGGGACGAGGAGCACCACCGGGACCCGCUACCCGACCGGCCCCGGGAGCGCCCGUACCUCGCCGUGGGAGAGGCGUACCGGGACGAGGAGCACCAUCUCAUACAUAAUCCAAAUGGAAAACGCGCAAAAAAUCCCUAUUGGGGAAUAGGAGCCGCAUUUUGGUCAGAGCCCUACCACAUUCAGGCACGUAUAGAAUAUAUAGAGCUUAGACAGCAGGAAAGCAUAACGCACAGGCUUAAGUAA